GGCUCGCCGCCGCCGUCGCCUCAUCAUCAUCUUCCGCUUGGUUUUCAAAACAGCGCGUCGUGGAAAAUGAAAGCAAACAAACCCCGCGUGCUCGUCCCGCCGGCCCAGCUGUUUGAAAUGUGAGACGAUGCUCCGGUCGUCUGAGACUCAAACACCGGCGCCUUUUGGUGAGGAGGAAGACGUCAUAGUGUUGCGUGAGAGAACCUCUGCCGAGUGGAAACUCAAGCGGACACUCUGGGCAGCUCCACCUCCCUCCCGGGCUCCUGCGAAAGCCCCUCUCGGCCCCACCACCAAAUGAAGCCAUCUCCCUCCCCGCAGGCCUCACUCGCAGAGGAGCCCGCCUGUCGCCGGGACCCCUGCGCGCCGCGCCGGGCUCCUGUGGCCCACCCAUGCCUCUGAUCCCCAUCCCGCGGCGGGUGCGCAGCUUCCAUGGCCCCCACACCACCUGCAUGCACUCGGCCUGCGGGUCGACGCACGCCUCCAAGCUGGUGCGCACCAAGUACAACAACUUUGACCUUUACCUGCGCUCCCGCUGCAUGUACAGCUUCCUGCGGUUCCUCCUCUACUUCGGCUGCAGCCUGCUGACCUCCCUGCUGUGGGUGGCGCUCUCCGCUCUCUUCUUCCUGCAGUACGUCAGCGUGCGCGUGCUCCUGCGGAUGCAGUACAAGCUGUCCGUCAUCCUGUUCUUGUUAGGUCACCGGCGCCUGGACUUUGCCGUGCUGAACGACCUGAUCAUCUACAGCAUGCAGAUCACCAUGUUUCUGUUGGGGGGGCUCGGCUGGUGCUUCAUGGUGUUCGUGGACAUGUAACUCCACGUCUUAAAACAACAUCAAAAAAUACAAGUGGGACAUGUCCUUCUGGGCCUGCCGCAGUUUUGCGCUGUUAUGGGACGUCUACCUUAAGCAUGUCUUGUUGACCCCUUCGAGGGCUUGGUCAGAAUCCUUCUGGUUCCGAUGUGAUGGAAUUAAUUAAGAGUCUCUGUAGUGACUGUGUGUACAGUCAUUUUGAAAUGGUUGGUCUUGUAUAACUCCCAAGAGAACCACCUGGCUGCUGAAUAUCUAACCUGAUGCACAAUGUCAGUCAUCGUGCCGGACACUCAAAAAUCAAAAAUGCCUAAUUUUCAACCGUCUUUCACAAAUUUAGAAACCUUAAUGGAGAAUGUCAAUGUUGCAUGGCAGCGGCAAUGAAGAAAUGAACGAUGGGCACCGCAGCAUGUCAUUUGUGCCAAAAUGACAUGGGCUAUUUGAGAUAGUUAUGGUUUAAUGUAGGGAUCCAUUUACCAGAGAUUUUGAAAGUUGUGAUAAAGUGACCGAAACAAAUUGUCAAACUUGUGUGUAAGGUAGUUUUGUGGGGACAUAAUAUGAAAAUAAGGGACUACAAAUCAACUUUUUUUUUUGUGAAAUUAAUAAAUGUAUUUCCUGUUGA